AUGGAUCACGCGGCGGACACGUUCCGGACGGACCUGAUGACCAUCACGCGGCACGUGCUGAACGAGCAGAGCAGGCACCCAGAGUCGCGCGGCGACCUCACCAUCCUCCUCUCCCACAUCGUCCUCGGCUGCAAGUUCGUCGCCUCCGCCGUCAACAAGGCCGGCCUCGCCAAGCUCACCGGUCUCGCCGGCGAGACCAACGUCCAGGGGGAGGAGCAGAAGAAGCUGGACGUGCUCUCCAACGAGGUGUUCGUCAAUGCCCUCGUCAGCAGCGGCCGCACCUGUGUUCUUGUGUCCGAGGAGGACGAGAAGGCGACGUUCGUGGACCCUAAGCUCCGUGGGAAGUACUGUGUCUGCUUUGACCCCCUGGAUGGCUCCUCCAACAUCGACUGCGGCGUCUCCAUCGGAACGAUCUUUGGGAUCUACAUGAUCAAGAACCAAGACACCGUGACUCUGGAGGAAGUACUGCAGCCUGGGAAGGACAUGAUUGCUGCUGGAUACUGCAUGUAUGGGAGUUCCUGCACGCUUGUCCUGAGCACUGGAAAUGGUGUCAACGGCUUCACGCUUGACCCUUCUCUUGGGGAGUUCAUAAUGACUCAUCCAGACAUCAAGAUACCGCCGAAAGGAAAGAUCUAUUCGGUUAACGAAGGGAAUGCCAAGAACUGGGACACCCCUACUGCAAAGUACGUGGAGAAGUGCAAGUAUCCCACGGAUGGUUCAUCACCCAAAUCCUUGAGAUACAUUGGCAGCAUGGUUGCCGAUGUCCACCGCACCUUGCUAUACGGCGGCAUAUUCCUGUACCCCGCGGACAAGAAGAGCCCGAGCGGAAAGCUCCGUGUGAUGUAUGAGGUGUUCCCCAUGUCAUUCCUGAUGGAGGAGGCUGGAGGCCAGUCUUUCACAGGCAAAGGACGGUCGCUUGACCUGAUCCCCACCGACAUCCACGAGAGAUCCCCGAUAUUCCUGGGCAGCAGCGACGACGUGGAGGAGAUCAAGGCGCUGUACGCGGAGGAAGCCAAGAAGGAAGGAUCUGCAUGA